CCACACACAGGCCAGAAAUCCAGCAACACUGCACGAGUGCCCGAUGGCAGGGAGAUCCUGGGUACGGCUUCGGUAGCUACGGCUACGGCUACGGCUACGGCUAUGGCACCGGCGCCGGCGCCGGCGGCUACGACUACGACAUGGCCGGCUACGGUGGCGGAGGCGCCUACUACUCGGCGAACGACCGGUACCCUGCCGCGCCGGCUGCCUAUGAGGACCCGCUCGCUGGUCGGAGGCAGGACGACUUCCCCGCUCCGCUCACGGGGCUGGAGUUUCAGCCGUCGGACACCUGCCCCAAGAACUACGUCAUCUUCGACCAGACGUACGACCGGAGCCGGGUCAUGUUCCACCCCUCGCUGGCCAACAACUUCGGCUCCUCUGCUGGCGGAUACGACUACGAUCGCCAUUGCUACGGUUACGAGCAGAAUUACGCCGGUAAGAGCGCCUACUACGGCUGCGGCGACGAUGGCGGCGGGGCCUCCAUCCGGCAGAAAGAGGACACCGACGAGAUCGACGCGCUCAUGAGCACGGAGGACGGUGAGGACGAGGACGACGUGCUGAGCACGGGCCGAACUCCUGGGUGCCGUGCCGGUGGCUCCCCGGAUUCUACAUGCUCGUCCGGGUACGCCGCCACUGGCGGUGGCGGUGCGAAGCACGAGAUGGGCGGCUGUGGCGGCGAAAAGAAGAAGGAACGGAUGAAAAAGAUGGUGCGGACGCUCAAGGGGAUCAUCCCUGGUGGCGACCGGAUGGACACGCCAGCCGUCCUCGAUGAGGCCGUGAGGUACCUCAAGUCUCUCAAGGUGGAGGUCAAGAAGCUCGGUGCGCGCGGGUCAAGCAGCUAGCUAAGCUGGCAUCAGUAUGCGGCAGCGACCAUAAUGGCAGUCGAAAUCUCUCUCUACCUGUCUCAGCAUCAGCAGAUAUACGAUGAUCCGGGGAACAAUACACUGCGGUGAUGAUGACAACGACAGUUUCUCAUCAGAUGCCACGUCCACACCAGUUGGUGCGUGCUCUGUUUGCAGACAGGAUCAGAACAUGGCUUCGGAGAGAGCUCAGUUGCAGCGCGCUUUAUUUUACCGGCAUCUUGUGGUGGCUCCACCUCUAGCCUCUAGAGUUCGUGCGUGCAUGGCUUGUUACUUUACUUCGUUGCUAGAUAGAAGUUGCUGCCUUUUCCUCUUUCGUAUCUCUUGAUACCUAGUGGCUGGUGUUGUAACUAUCACGCUGAUGAUAUACACCGUGGUUUUUUGCUAUCUUGGGCACUGCACCUUGGAGCCAUCUUCUUGAUUCUUUUUAAUUUGGUGCCUGUUCUCGGAUGGAGCAUUAUUAAAAGAUACGGAGUAUAAGUUUCAGAAUGUUGCAUAA